UCUGUGGUCGACUGGUAAUGUCAAUAAUUGUCAUUUGAUAAGCAAUCGCUUUUUUCCAUUACUCCUGGAUUAUGUGAGAAGUUUCUCAAAGAGCAUUAUGUCGUUUUUACAACGGUUAUGGACUUUGAUUAUGUCAAAACUACCAGGACGCUGUAGUUGCAAGGCAGAGGCGGAUUUAAACUUAGUCAACUAAGUCGGGCGACUAACGUAUUAACGUGUCACUUUCAAAAAAUUCCGUGGGUAUUCCUUAAAUUAUAACACUUGAGUGCUUUAAAAUUUCCGCAGGAUUUGGGUCCAUAUACCGAUUUUGAUUGGUUUAAAUUGAUCAAUUUGCGAGCAUUCAUUGGUUAGCGUAUCGUGCAGGAUCUGCAGGAUCUAUGUUCAUUCUGUGAUUCUGAUUUGCCCAGACGAACCAGCUAUAUAGCUGUAAUUGGUGGAGAUUUCUUGCAGGAUCUAUACCAAUUUAAAGCUUGUGAUUGGUCAACAUUGUUAGUUUUUUGCAGGAUAUAUCUAUUUUUGGUAUAUGAUGUUGCCGAAUCUUCAGAUUUGAUUGGUUGUUGUAGCGAACUUAGUCGGAAUAUAUUUGUCUGCUUCAUUGCGCUUGAAUAUUUAUCGAUCGUCAUGGCUAACUCUAGCAGUAUUUUAGAUCGGGUUCUCUCUGACUUAAAAAAAAGUGAUGAUGUUGCUUUGCUUAAGACCUUUGAGGAAUUAUGUGAUAUAUAUAAUUCUUCUCGUUUCUUAAUGCCUGAAGAGCAUUUUCCUUUAAUUGGACGAUCUUUGUAUCGUUAUGUAAAUGCUGAGACAGGCUAUUUGCCUCAUCAUGUGAAGGCCGACAAUACGAAGCCAUCGGUUGCUCUAAGAUCUGAACCAUCUGGAAAUUGUCUAUACAGCUCUGCUUCUCUGGCCUUGGUUAGCAAUGCUCUCAUUCACACUUUGAGAGCUAUGGUUUUAGGCGUAGAUCCUGAAAAAGUACUUACGUGCAAGUACUCAUCAUGCGGAAUGAAUGCGGUACACUUGGCGCUAAAGUAUGAAAAUACAGGUUUAUGCCCGGCAAGGGUGUCCCAGAAAAUUAUUAAUUAUUUGUUCGACAUGCGAUUGGUGGAGAUAACAUGGAAAAAAUUGAACUAUAAAUGGAGGCAGACUGGAGAUUUGGUCUCUAAAGUAAGAAGUGAAUUGGCAGAUGUGUUGAAAAAAGAAGUUGUUUUAUAGUCAUGUACUAAAGUGCUUUCUUUGCUAGAAAAGGAAAACUGUUUAGAUGUAAUAUACCCAAAACCGGAAAUGAAUGAACAAAUUUCGCUUGAAAAUGCAGAAAAAGCUUUUAAACUUUCUGGGCGCAAAGUAGCCAUUUUACUUUAUCACACUGACGAAAUCUGUCAUGGUUAAAAUCUUAUCAGGGAUAAAAAUGGUGACGUGAAAAUUUACGACGCGACUACCGGAAGAGAUGACUUGAUACAGUUUGAAAAUGUUCGUGAGAUGCAGGUCGUUGUUUUGGCCAAAGAAGAUGGUACAUUUGUCAUCGCUGAAAAAUGGUCCGAUUGCUCUUCGCUAUUUUGCAUAAAAGAACAUACUGACGUUUAUGACAAAAAUAUAAUUGGUGAUAAAAAUCUGAAAGAAACAAGUGAAGAAGAAACAAGGCGAAAGACACCAUCGGAAAUGAGCGAGUAUAGUGAAUCCUCUGCUCAAGAGUCAUUUGGGGGAAACACCGCUUUGCCAGUGGAAAACUUUUUCAAGAGGAAUUCAGCCAUACCACGUGGUUCUUAUUCAUCGAGCAAACCUCCUUGUAACCAAAUGUUGUUUGAUGACCCUCAACAAUUUGGAAUGCAUGGUAAGCUUGGUAAUAAUCAAGCCCCUCGAGGACAAUCCAAUCUUCUAUCUCCUCUUCCUGGACUACUGAACUCUGACCAACCACCUUCGACUGCUCAAAUCACUCCAUCUUCAAGAUGGCAAGGACAACCAAUCCCAUGGCAAUUACAUGGAUAUACACCUCAACCUCCACCUCCACCUUCCGUUUUUUAUUUUCAAGAUUCACCACUUACAAGGGACCAGACAAUGGUGCAAGCGUCACAGCUACCACAACGUCAAACCUAAUAUAUAGCUUGGAAAAUGUCGAGGAUCAUUUUACUAGUAGGAAAUGUAUGAACUGUAGUUAACACACGCACAUGCACAUGCACACAUAUAUAGUUCAACUUUAAAUCAUGCACGUGUUCUCCCUAUAAUUUAUUUAUGCACACUUGUACUUACUCAUGAAGUGUGUCUUGUGCUAUUAUAUAUUUGCUUUUGCUGAGCAA